UUCUACCUACUUCCAUGGCUCCUGGAUACAUUACUGGCCUUCGAAUUUGUUUUUAAAAUAAAAGAAUAUAGUUAUAAUUUUUCAUAAUCAGAAUAAUAGUUAUUUCAAAUUGUCGGAAAAUAUAAAAAAAAAUUAUUAUCAACUAAAAGUCAAUAUAAAUAUAAAAGUAGAAAAUAAAUAAAAAAUGCCAGCCAUUGGAAUAGAUUUGGGAACAACUUAUUCCUGCGUAGGUGUGUGGCAACAUGGGAAUGUGGACAUUAUUGCAAAUGAUCAGGGAAACCGAACAACACCAUCAUACGUAGCAUUUACAGAAACAGAGCGCCUCAUAGGCGACGCUGCCAAAAACCAGGUCGCCCUUAACCCAAGCAACACUAUACAAGACCUCAAACAUUGGCCUUUCAAAGUUAUAAAUGACAGCGGUAAGCCGAAAAUUCAAGUUACAUACAAAGGCCAAACCAAACGUUUUGCCCCUGAGGAGAUAAGUAGCAUGGUUUUGACCAAAAUGAAAGAGAUAGCUGAAACAUAUUUAGGAACUUCUAUAAAAAAUGCUGUUAUUACAGUCCCUGCAUAUUUUAAUGAUUCGCAGCGGCAGGCUACUAAAGAUGCUGGUGCCAUCGCAGGUUUAAAUGUUCUUCGGAUUAUUAACGAACCAACUGCUGCUGCGUUGGCGUACGGAUUGGACAAGAAUUUAAAAGGAGAAAGGAAUGUACUAAUUUUUGAUUUAGGGGGAGGUACGUUUGAUGUUUCGAUUCUCACAAUUGAUGAGGGUUCAUUAUUUGAAGUCAAAGCGACUGCGGGAGAUACACAUCUUGGUGGAGAAGAUUUUGAUAGUCGCCUUGUAAACUUUCUUGCUAACGAAUUUAAGAGAAAGCAUAAAAAAGAUCUGUGUAACAAUCCUAAAUCUUUACGACGUCUCAGAACAGCAGCGGAAAGAGCUAAGAGGACGCUGUCCUCUAGUACUGAAGCUAACAUAGAAAUUGAUGCCUUAUAUGAGGGUAUAGAUUUCUUCUCAAGAAUAUCUAGAGCACGUUUUGAAGAGCUUAAUGGAGAUCUCUUCUCUUCAACAUUAGACCCGGUAGAGAAGGCUCUGAAAGAUGCUAAGCUCGAUAAAAGUUCUAUACAUGAUAUCGUUUUAGUCGGAGGUUCUACUCGUAUACCUAAAAUACAAAGUUUGCUGCAAAACUAUUUCAACGGCAAGAAGCUUAAUUUGUCUAUCAAUCCUGACGAAGCUGUCGCUUAUGGAGCAGCAAUACAAGCUGCUAUAUUGAGCGGAGACCGUCAUUCCAAAAUUCAAGACGUCUUACUUGUCGAUGUCACUCCUUUGUCACUAGGAAUAGAAACGGCUGGAGGGGUUAUGACAAAUAUAAUAGAACGUAACGCAAAGAUUCCUUGUAAACAUUCUCAAACUUUUACAACAUACUCUGAUAACCAACCAGCUGUUACGAUUCAAGUCUACGAAGGUGAAAGGGCCAUGACCAAGGACAAUAAUUUGCUGGGAAAUUUCAAUUUAACUGGCAUUCCGCCGGCACCACGUGGUAUCCCUCAGAUCGACGUAACCUUUGAUUUGGACGCCAAUGGAAUACUUAAUGUAUCAGCUAAAGAAAACAGUACUGGUAAAAGUAAGAACAUUGUAAUUAAGAAUGAUAAAGGACGCCUCUCGCAAGCUGAUAUAGACAAGAUGAUUUCGGAUGCUGAUAAAUACAAGGAUGAAGAUAAUAGACAAAGAGAUCGCGUUGCAGCUCGUAAUAAACUGGAAACUUAUAUUUUCGGUGUGAAGCAAGCCGUCGAUGAAGCUGGUGGUAAGGUUGGUGAUUCUGAGAGUUCUACAGCGCGUCGGUUAUGUAAUGAAGCUUUGAGUUGGCUUGAAAAGAAUUCUUUGGCAGAGCAAGUCGAGUAUGAGGAUAAAUUAAAGGAGUUGUCGGCAGUUUGUGCUCCUAUCAUGAAAAAGCUACAUGGCAUAGGUUCGAAAACUGGUAAAGGCAGCGACGGACCAGUUAUCGAGGAAGUUGAUUGACAGUGCCUAACUUUUAUAUUAUUGCUUUUGUUUUAAUACUAUGUUACUAUUAUUACGACGAUGAGUAGGUACUAUUAUUGUUUUUGUUUUAAUAAAGAAAAUACUUACACAUA